AUGAAUUUGAAAGGAAAUCCGAUCAAUGAGUGGUCAUCGAUUGAUAAUUUGGCCACUUUGGACCGACUGCAGACACUUUUUGUCACGUCAGCAAACUUUGAAGGAUUAAACGGACUUGAUGUUAGAGAGAUGAUUAUCGCCAAGCUGUCGAAAUUGACGAUGCUAAAUCGAGAAGACAUCAGCGCUAUUGAAAGGAGAUCGGCUGAAUUGUGCAAAUGCAACGGCUUGGAAGAGGCUUUAAAGGCGCCACAUGAAAACGAUAUUAAGCGGCUGAUUCAGAUUCAUGGUGAACCGAUAGCUGAUAAAAACAAGGCGAAAAAGAUUAACGUUGUCAAAGUGAGCAUCUCGUAUCAGGGGAAAUCCCUUUUGCGGCCACUUCCCACCUCGUCGACGGUAUCAAAGGUGACCCAGAUUGCGGCUCGUCUCUUCGCUCUACCAAAUUUUAUCCUUUCGCGUGGGUGCAAGUUUGAUCUUUCCGGCUCACACCUUCAGCACCACUUCAGCAUUGAUCGGAAGAUCGUCAUCGCUUUGUUCAAACCAAAACCGGUCGUCCAUCUG